UUCAAAUGGAUAACCGAACCGAGGUAAAACCGAACCGAGUUCAAACCGAACCGAGGCUGUUUUCAUCAGAAACAAUCAGCAAACUAAACCGGAAAACAGAUUACCAAAUCCUGAUUCACAAAUUUUCUGGUAUUGUAAUUUUCUCCGUCACACCAAAAUCAUCAUGACGAAGACGACGGCGAAGUCAAAAUCUCAGUCUCUCUCAGCCCCUCGCUCCUCCCCGCCGCGUACUCGCUCCAAAACACUACCGGAAUCUUCUAAUCCCUCGCCGCGUACUCACCCCAAACCAAAACGCAAUUUCUCGCCGCUUCCACGAACACCGUUCUCUCUAGGAGCAAUCACACCAAUCGGAACAAGAAAAGACGUCACAUUAUCCGAUUGGUGGCUAACAAGAAAAGGAAAAGAGAAGAAGAAAGGUUCUUUAUGUAUCACAGGAUUCGAAUCAUCAAAACACGGAUCUGAAAUGAGACUAUUCUCAUCAGGAACAAUCGUCAAAAGACAUAACAGUAUCACUCUCGAAGCAAUUGAUGGGAUCACAAUUAGUAUCAGUGGUUUCAUCAAUCGAUCUCGUAGUCUACAAAACGGAAUCUCAAACGAGGUUUGUAAUCGUUUUCUUUUAGGGUUUCCUUAUAACUAUGAAGAAGAAGAAGAGAUGAAGAAUGAUGAUUUUAGCGUUUCGUUUGAUGAUAUCCCUGUGAAUAGGUUACAUGAUCUUAGUUUCGUUAAGGGUUGUUUGAAAAACAAGAUCUUGGAUGAUGUUGUUGGUAGUUUAAAGGAUUUGGUUUGUUCUGAAUCAGAUAAGAGUUGUGAGAAAUCAAGAGUUGUUGUUGUUGAUGAUGAUGAUGAUGAGAGUUUGGUUUCGAGUGUUGUUGUGGGAGUGAAGACUAGAGCUAUGAGACGUAGAGAGGAAGAGUAUGAGUCUUCUAUUGGAAAGAGAGCUAAGAAGAGGAGACAAGGAAGAAGAAGAAGUUAAGCUUUCAUUGACAUUUCGGUCAUGUUUGAGUCUUCUUCUUCUACCUUAGGACAAGAAAGAUGUUGCAGAGAGCAGCGAGCAAUGCGUAUUCAUGGUGGUGGGCAAGCCACAUACGUACGAAGCAAUCUAAAUGGCUCGAACACAAUCUUCAGGGUUGAGUAUACUCUUAAGAUUAUAGAUGAAGAUGGAGAUACUUUUGCCAAAAGAGCUGAGAUGUAUUACCGUAAAAGGCCAGAGAUUGUUAAUUUCGUGGAGGAAGCUUUUAGAUCGUACCGCGCAUUAGCUGAACGUUAUGAUCAUUUAUCUAGAGAGCUUCAAAGCGCAAAUCGCACAAUCGCCACAGCUUUCCCUGAACAUGUUCAGUUUCCUUUGGAAGAUGAUAGUGAUGAAACUGAAGAUUAUCUGCGGAAACCGCCUAAGCAUCUUCAUCUUAUACCAAAAGGAAGCAACAUACCUGAAGUCCCGGAUAUUCCAAUGAAGAAAGAUUUCAGGAGUCAGUCUAUGAUGUUGUCUAGAAAAGGACCAGCUGGUCUGAAAAGGACAGUAUCUUCUGCACUAGCGAAGCGGGAAGCGGCGAUUGUGAGUUCGGGAUUGAGUAAAGAAGAGGGCUUGGAAGAGAUUGAUAAGCUUCAGAAAGGGAUUUUGGCAUUGCAGACCGAGAAGGAGUUUGUGAGGAGCUCAUAUGAGCAGUCUUAUGAGAGGUAUUGGGAUUUGGAAAAUGAAGUGACAGAGAUGCAGAAGAGGGUUUGUAACUUACAAGAUGAGUUUGGUCUUGGUGCUGCGAUUGAUGAUAGUGAUGCUAGGACCUUGAUGGCAAGCACCGCCUUGAGCUCUUGUAAGGAUACACUUGCUAAGCUAGAGGAGAGACAGAAGCAAUCUGUUGAAGAAGCAGAAACUGAGAAGGAAAGGAUCAAGACUGCUAAAGAAAGGUUUGAUGCAUUGAGGAACAAAUUUGAGAAAUCAGAAAGCGAUUAUCAUGAUGAGGUUAUUAAAACAGAAGUAGAAGAGGAAGAAGAAGGUGAUGUGGUUCAAGAAUCAAGCUAUGAAUCUGAGAGAGAAGAAUCAAACGAGAAUUUUACUGUUGUGAAACUUGUAGAGAAAAUUGAUGAUCUUGUGCAUAGGGUUGUUUCAUUGGAGACCAAUGCCUCGUCUCAUACUGCAUUGGUGAAGACAUUAAGAUCAGAGACAGAUGACUUGCAUGAACAUAUCCGUGGUCUAGAGGAGGACAAGGCGUCUCUUGUUUCAGAUUCCACGGAUAUGAAAAAGAGGAUAACGGUGCUUGAAGACGAGCUGAGAAAUGUUAGAAAACUAUUCCAAAAAGUCGAAGAUCAAAACAAGAAUUUACAGAACCAAUUCAAGGUAGCCAAUAGGACCGCUGAAGAUUUAUCUGGCAAGUUACAAGAUGUGAAGAUGGAUGAAGAUGUCGAAGGAGCUGGAAUUUUCCAGGAACUGCCAGUUGUUUCAGGAUCAGAAGAUUCUCGCGAUGAUUUAAAGUCAAUCUUAAGAGAGACUGAAACAAGUAGUUUGGAGGAAAGGAAGAAAGAUGCAACUGUAGUUAGAGAGAGUGAAGACGGUGAAAGAUCUCAAGAAGAGAAAUCAGAGAUGAAAGAUGCUUUAGCUUUAUCAGAAACCGCAAGCACUUGUUUUGGUACAGAAACAGAAGAUCUGGUAACGGAAGACGAGGAUGAAGAGACACCAAACUGGAGGCAGUUGUUACCAGAUGGCAUGGAGGAUAGAGAGAAGGUUCUGUUAGAUGAAUACACAUCAGUGCUAAGGGAUUAUAGAGAAGUAAAGAGAAAGUUAGGUGACGUUGAGAAGAAGAACCGGGAAGGAUUCUUUGAGCUAGCAUUACAGUUGAGAGAACUCAAGAAUGCUGUUGCUUACAAAGACGUAGAGAUUCAGUCAUUACGCCACAAACUCGACUCGCCAGGGAAAGAUUCACCCCAUCAAGUAGAAGGAAAUAACCAGUUGGAACAUGAUCAAGGACAGCGCGAAAGUGUGAGCAUUUCGCCAACUUCUAACUUUUCAGUUUCCACUACGCCACAUCAUCAAGGAGGAGAUGUGAAAAGAACACCUGGAAGAACAAAGCCCAAUGAGGUCAGGGUCAAAUUUGCAGAUGUUGAUGACAGCCCGAGAACAAAGAUUCCAACUGUUGAAGACAAAAUACGUGCAGAUAUUGACUCAGUGUUGGAAGAGAAUCUCGAGUUCUGGUUAAGAUUCAGCACAUCAGUACAUCAGAUACAGAAGUACCAGACAACAGUUCAAGAUCUGAAAUCAGAGCUAUCGAAACUGAGAAUCGAAAGCAAGCAACAGCUGGAAUCUCCAAGAAGUAGUAGUAAUCCUGCAGUUGCAUCAGAAGCAAAGCCUAUCUAUAGACACCUAAGAGAGAUUCGAACAGAGCUACAGUUAUGGCUAGAGAACAGUGCGGUUCUUAAAGACGAACUCCAGGGAAGGUAUGCAUCGUUAGCUAAUAUCCAAGAGGAGAUCGCAAGAGUCACUGCUCAGUCCGGUGGCAGUAAAGUAAGUGACUCAGAGAUUAGUGGUUACCAAGCUGCAAAGUUCCAUGGAGAGAUACUUAACAUGAAACAGGAGAACAAAAGGGUCUCGACUGAACUUCAAUCGGGUCUUGAUCGUGUAAGAGCGAUGAAAACUGAAGUGGAGAGGAUUCUGACUAAAUUAGAAGAGGAUCUUGGGAUCACAAGUGCAACAGAAGCAAGAACAACUCCUAGCAAGAGCUCGUCAAGUGGAAGACCGAGGAUUCCAUUACGGUCAUUCUUGUUUGGUGUCAAGUUAAAGAAGCAUAGACAACAGAAGCAAUCUUCAUCAUCCCUCUUCUCUUGUGUCAGUCCAUCUCCAGGUUUGCAAAAGCAGUCUAGUUACAUUAGGUCUCCUGGAAAGCUCCCAGAAUAAUCCAUUAGUCACAUCUUUGUUAUCUCCCUUUUCAGUUCCUUGUUUUCUAGCUUUUCUGUCUUGUACCUGUGGAAGAACCAAUGAGAUGCAAAUGAAAGUGUAUGUUUUUGCUUUCA